CGACUGACCAAUCGAUUGGUAGGUAUCCUCACCUCGUAUGCGCUAAGGGCGAGUACUUGACAGUUCAACAUACAACUACCUAUCACUAUGAAUACCGUCGUAUCAACCCGGAUGAAUACAGCCUUUGUAUACCAGGAGGAGGACAAUGUGGAGUCACCAGCCCCAAAUCCAGAGGUUUCGAGGGACCCAGUGAUUCCGACGCCUAGUCCGCCGAUCAAAGUGAUGUCCCGAAGCGAGGCAAUCCGCGCCCGACUCCGCGAGAAAGAGAAGCGCCUUAGCUCUUUGGUUCGUGGUUCCAACGAAGAUGGCACGGGGAGCUUUCUUUGCCAAAUGGCUUCCGUCAAAGAUAGCUUGAAGAAAGUUGAAGACGAAAAGUCGGAACUUGAGAACGAGCUGGAGCGUCUUCGCAACUCUACGGGCGAGGACGAAUUCUUGAAGGAAAAAAUGGCCGGUAUUCAGGAAGGUUUCGACAAACAGGUUGCCAAAAUCCAGGAGCUUCAGGACGAAGUAAAUAGCAAAAGCAGUUCGAUUCAGCACUUGCGAGAUGAACUCGUUGGGAAACUGCAGAAAAUCGUUGAGCUCGAGUUUGAUUUAGAGACACAUGAUGUGCACUACACAUCGUACGCAGCAGAACAGUUCAAGCUCGGCGAGGAUGCAUUGGCUGAAAUAAAGAAUAGAGAGCGCAACGUGAUGCAGCUUGGCGAAGAUUCUACGACUUCAGUUGGAAGUAUGGAAAGUAAGAAGACUGUGUCACCGCGUCGUGCACAGAAACUCAUCUCUAAAUUGCUUGCUGAUCUUGAUGAUCUGGAAGCCCGUUUCAAGAACGAGAAGCUGGAAAGCUCUACCAAAAUGCAACAGCUCUUGCUUGACAACGAAGAUCUCCGUACAAAGAUUCAAAUUUUGGAAGCGCGCACUCAGGAGUCGAAAGAUGUCGACGAUUCGAGCGAGACCAGUUCUGAUUUCUAUGCUGACAUUGACUUGGUCGUAUCCCUUCGCAAACGUGCCGAAACUCUGGAAGCAAAGCGGGUCUUGUACCGGAAAGAAAUGGAUCGUCUUCAAAGUGAGCUGAGCGAAUCUCGCAAAGAAGCUAAUUGUGCUGUCCAGAAAGCUAAUUUGGAACUGGAUCGUGUUAGUAUUGAAAACCAAACGAUGAAAACUAGAAUUGAAACUCUCGAAUCCGAUCUACCCCGUUCUGAUUCUGGGGUCCGGGUCUACGCUACGGUGGAAAAGCGAAUUCGAGAAGCUUACACCGAAAUGGCGAAAUUAGAGUCCGCUGUGGAGAUCAAAAACCGACAGUUGGGUACUUUAAAAAAAGAAGUGACGAGUCUUCGUAUGAAAGAGAUAUCCCACGGGAAUGUAAACGGAAAAGCAUUCACAGAUUUCGACUCAGAGCUUCUUCGUAGUGCCCAUGUCUCUCAUGGGGUAGCAGGUGAUGGCGAUCACGAUAGUGCAGCGGACUCAUCUUACAUUGCGGAGCUGCAAGCUCAAUUACAAGAGGCCCAGCAGCAAUUGGUUAAGAAAGACCAAGAGCUGGUUAUUGAACGGGCGAAGGCUGCUUCUACGGCCGCCGGUCUCUUAGCACGGAUUACGGAACUCUCCAAUAGAAGGUUACCGGCUGAAGAGAAGCCUCCAAGGCAAGAUAAGACCACACCUGAGACUCAGGAAAAAGAUGUUUCCAAGCCUGCGAAGCGAGGGAGAGGGAGGGCAUUUCGAUUCUAUCGGUAG